AUGUCAUCCUCGUCCCGGAGAUAUCACCACAAGAGCCGGGCCGGAUGUACCACAUGCAAAAUCAAAAAGGUAAAAUGCGACGAGAAGCAACCGUGCUCAUAUUGCGCCAAGAGACAGCUUCCGUGUAGCUUGGUGUCGACGUCGUCACCCGGGAAUAAUAGACCGGACUCAAAUACGCCGGAAGUGAUAGUACGAUCUUACGAGGAGCCGUCGUUUACCUUUACCGACUUCGGUCUGUAUCAACACUUUAUCAAGUCCACAUCGACCGCGCAGGCCGAUGAUAGCGCAUCGAUAGCAGUCUGGCGAGAAUUCAUCCCCGAUCUCGCGACACGGCAUCCCUAUCUUCUCCAUGAGAUCCUCGCGGUCGCGGCGCUGCACCUCCGAUCUGCCACCCCGGAACACGCGAAAUAUUUAGAGCGCGUAGCUACCGAGCAUCAAGCCAGAGCUAUCCCCCUAUUUCGCGAAGCCCUGGCUGCUAGUUCGGCGGAGACGGCCCUCCCGCUAUUUGCUUGCUCGUGUCUAUUUAUACCGUAUCACUUCGCCGCCGCAAAAGACGCCUUGUCGCUGCUUUUCAACGAGGAGACCGGGUCUCUAGCCGAAUGGCUGGUCUUAAUCCAUGGAACUGCGGCAGUCACCGUGGAGCACGGUCCUACUAUUAUGAAAUCCCCUCUGCGCGUGCUUCUGGGAGAUCUAUCGACACCUAAACCCGAAGAGCUGAGCGGCGGACCUACAGACGCGAGACUUCUCGGUUUGAGCGAGGAACUCCCCGUCGCGCCCGAGCAUAAGGGAGAAUACGCGCAGGUCAUGUGUAAGCUUCGUCUGAGUUUCUACCUGUCGGACCAGGCGGACACGGCGCUCAAUCGGAAGAAUGCGGCUCUUAGGUUCCCGCCUUUUAUGAACCAGCAGCGGAUCGGAGAUGAUCUCGCCGCAAGACGUCCGGCGGCGCUUCUCAUAAUGGCUUUUUGGUGUGUUUUACUGCACCGGGUGGAGGAUAGGUGGUGGCUUAAGGAAAGGGUCAAGCCGCUGCUGGUAAAGAUUGAGGAGUUGGUGCCGCUGGAGUAUAGAUAUCUUAUAACUUGGCCUAUGGAGGAAGUGGGAAUUUACACAAAGUCGAAUAUAGAGGGUUUGGCUGUAAGGUAA